GAAAGUGAAACUAAAAAUCGAGCUCCUGUCGCUCGGCGAUAGAGUAACAACAGGAAAACAUGGAGGUAAGUUCACACUCGUACUAAUAAAAAGCUGUAAAAAAUACAGUAGAAGGGAAAGAUUUAACAAUCAGAACUGCUCGUAAAGGUCGACUGUCCUUCAAAAUAAGAGUCAAUCAACACAAAUCCGGUUUAAUCUCAUAUUUGUUCAUAUCGUGUAUGCUUCAAGUCCAUCCGAUAUAAACCUUCCCGCCAUGUCCCACUCCGGGCAGCAGGGUCUCUUGGGUUCACACUGCAUGUUACAAAUAGAUAUAACGUCGUACUUUUGACAUAUGGACCAGAGUGAUGUGAAUUAAACAGUAAGACCCAGCUUUGAGUAGAGAGUUUGAGCCCUGUUUCACCUGAAACCACUUUACAGAGAGUACAUUUCGUCAAUGACUCUGUUUCCGUGAUAGGAUUGGGAUUAUCACCGACAAACAGAAAUCAAAGUUUUGUUUUUAUUAACGGAACAAUAACGAGACAAAACUAGUUUAGGUUGAUAUGUAAAAUCCAUCUCUAUUUCGCCUAUGCACAUCCGAUCUGUCUCCUAUAGGGGAGAAUGGAGUAAGUUGAGUUAGCUAAGUUAAGCCUUACCCCGCUCUUAUGGUCAACUUACCCCAUACACGGGGUAAGUUGACCAUAGGAGACCACUUUUUUUGGCAUACUAUAUUAUCAAGACAGUUAUGUUUACACUGAUUCUGUUGGUUUGCAGGGCUGCACAAAAACCUUGAAAUAUAUGCAGAUACACUAGUUAGAGACAAAACUAUGGCUGUGUCUGAAAUGGAUCCCUAACCCCUAUAUAGGCGACUGUAUGGGGGUUAGUGCCAUUUUGAGGGGUGUCCAAAACCUGAAUGAUCAAAUCCAAUGCCCCAUAUAGGCGACUCAAAAUUUCCCAUAGAGCAUUGCAAAAUGUAGUGACCAUCCGAUGGUCACUCACCGGUGGUGGGCAUCCCGUCAUGCCAUGUAGUGUCUGAAACCUCACUACAUAGUCAGCUAUAUAGUGAAACCCCAUAUAGGGGUUAGGGGUUAGGGGUUAGAGAUUCAUUUCAGACACAGCCAAUGUUUGCCUUGAUGUAGUGAUCUGAUAUAUGAAAAGAUGGCUCAUCUUGCCCCACUCUCCCCUACUUCAAUCAGUGAUUCCAGUAACAGGUUACAGCCAGGCUUAGCUAUCUUAGAGGUGUAGAGUCAAUUUUGUCAUUUAUUAGGGUCACGGGGAAAACAGACCGCUGAAGUCCUGGUUCUGGUUUUGUUGCAGUUCAUCACUGAUGUCUCUCUCAUCAUCAAUGAAGACGGUUUCAAAGACCUAAUUGGACUAAUGAAGAUCCUUAAGUCCUUCAGACCUGAAAGGAAAGGUUCCUGCUACACAGUGACAGGAUCCUUUGAAGAUAUGGAGAACCUUUGGCGCAGAUUGUCAGCAUUCAGGGAUUGUCCCAGUCCUCAAAAAUACAGAUUGACCAAUCAUUACCAGCCAAGUUCCCCCAGAUUUGUGGACGUGUCCCGCUCUGUCAUGGACUACAUGGAGCAAAAAUGUGUGAAACAGCUGACAAGAAUCACAGGGAGCAGCUUCAUUGAAAAACAGCCAGGUGAGUCCAGCAGCUCAGUCCGGGUCAUCUUCAGAACCCAAGACGGAUCUGUCUCCCCAGUUCAUGCCGAUUUCAUCAGACAGAGAUUCAUCACCUUCUACCAGAGGACGGCCUCAGACCUGCAGACCACAUACAUUGAUCCACGUCACCUCAAAGAGCUGGAAAGGCGUUUUCCACAGCUCCUGUUUCAACCCCACCACAUUAAACAUAAGGUGAAAGUGACCGGGAACUUCGUCGAAAUCCAUCAAUUAAAGCAGCUCCUGUCCCGCAACACAACCAGCUCGAGCAGGAGUCCAAAGAACAACAAACAUCCAGCAGAGAGCAGCAGAUCCUCGGGUACCUCCCCUGAGCUCAGCAGAGGACCUGAGGAAAAAGAGGUGUGUCCGAUCUGUAUGGAGCAAAUAAAAACAUCGGAGAGAGAAACACUGAAGUGCAAACACUCGUUCUGCAAAGACUGCCUGAAAACGGCCUUUGAUUAUAAACCUGUGUGUCCAACAUGUGGAGCUGUUUAUGGCGUUCUGACAGGAACUCAGCCUGAAGGAGGAAGAAUGAAAGUCAGUAAAGACACCUCAUCUCUACCUGGGUACGAGAAAUACGGAACAAUUACCAUCAACUAUUACAUCCCAAAUGGCACCCAAAAGGUAAGACCAAAGCUACUAAAGGAAAUCAUGUCACCUUUCUUUGAAUGUUUGAAAAGAAAUAUUUGAAGGAGUUGAAUUUUGAAACAGAGUUGAUCAGAGCUGAUUUGAUCAGCAAGAAGGUUGCAGUCUUUUUUUUAAGUGAGAAUGAAAAUGAAAAAUGUAAAUCGUUCAUUUAAUUUCAGUUAAUUUGGGGAUUUCUUGCCUAAAAAGCACAUUUAAAGAAUUUUUCCAGACUAAGAGAAAUGAAAUCACAAAAGUUGAUAGUUUUGACACAUUACAGACCACCGACUGCAGCCAAACUGUGAUACUUUUGCUUGUUAUAAUUCUGAAUUUUAAGUACUUCUACAGCGUUGAUAUCAAGAACUAAUAAAGUGUAGAAACAACAAAUUCAAUGUUACAGUGAAAACUUUGAUUAAUUAAAAAUACAUGCUUAUUUGCAACUUAAUGCCAGCAACACAUUACCUUAAAGUUCUAACAGGAACAACAAAACACUGAUAAAGAUGUGUCAUGCCAAAAAAUAAUAAAAAAUCACCUGGAGGAAGAUCUCCUAACUCAUGAGGUUAAUUUUCAUCAGGUUAGUAAAAUGACAGGGUUCAAAUUCAGAGGUUCAUCACUCUGUAAGAGCCUGCAUGAGCAAAUAGUUCAGUAAUUUCACAAUAACAUUUCUUUGUGUCAUCUGUCAACAAAUCUGUGAAUUAAAUACUACAACUACUACUACUACUACUACUAAUAAUAAUAAUAAUAAUGAUAACUUUAUUUUUAUAGCACUUUUAAAGACAGAAGUUUACAAAGUGCUUUGACAAAUAAUCAUAAAGCACAUGGAAAAAGACAAAUAAAAACAAAAAGCUCAGUUAAAACAGGAUUGAAGGCCAUUUUCAUGUCAUAGGGAACUCAGACAACACAAGAACCAUGCAACCUAAAAUGAGACCAUCAUCUACAACACAUAGAUGAUACAUAGACAACACAACGAGGAUCAUGGAGAUCUUCAGGCAUUGCAUUGAAAACAAAUGUGACUCUGUAGUGAAAGUCACAGCAUGGACCCAAAAUCAUAUAAAAAAAAGACAUUGUCUGUUAUCAGGUUAAAACUGUUCUGUUCCAGCAAACUAUUUAUGAUGAAAAUUUGGCGUUCUUACUGGAAAUCAUAGACGCCACUUCCUCUAUCUUUAAAAGUGGAAGGACCAACAAGCUUGUUUUCAUCCCACAGUUCAAAAAGCCACCACCCCUCAUGUUACAGAGCUGCAAAAGUGCCCCAGAAGUUUAGAAAGUGUUCUGAGUAAUUUUUGUUUCUUUCUCUGUCUCUCUGGUGUUUGUAGUCGGUGCAUCCUAACCCUGGUCAACCGUAUGAAGGCGUGUACCGCACAGCGUACCUACCAGACAGUACUGAGGGCAGACAGAUAAUGGAGCUCCUGAAGAGAGCCUUUGACCAGAGACUUGUCUUCACUGUAGGUCGAUCCACUACCAGUGGCAGGAACAACACAGUCACAUGGAACGACAUCCACCACAAAACCUCCAGAUAUGGGGGACCCACACAGUAAGAUCCUCACUGUAAAACAUUUACAGACGUGCUUUAGCACUGUGUUCAUUCUGGCAGCUAUUUUAGAUUGAGCCUUGGUCUGAAGAAGAAAUUGUUAAUUGUAAGAGAAACUCGGUUAUGAAACCAAACAAUUGCAUAUAACAAUUUAAACUGUGCAUUUUUAAAUUGUAAUUAUUCAACUUCUACUCUUGAACUCAUGGUGUCUUUGUGUUUGCAGGUACGGAUAUCCAGAUCCAGAUUAUCUGAGCCGAGUCAGAGAUGAACUGAAAGUCAAAGGAAUUGAAUGAGUGACUGUGAGGUUUGAGGUUUGUGAAUACAUGAAGGUCCAAAAUGAAGAAAAUAUCCAAAGAUAUCUCCUCUUUGGCAUAAGGACAAUCCAAAACACCUGGAGACUGUACCUGUAUAUAUGAUGUAUGUUGAUUUGUGCUGACAGGACAAAUCUUGUGUACUCUCUGGUUUUCAGUUUAUCUUUAAUCCUCUGUUAGCUGCUCUUUUAAAAUGAGCUCUGAUUUGGUAACAGAUUUAAGAUUCAAGUUUCUAUAUCAACAGACCUGCAGACUGUCUUGUGUCUCCUUUAAAGCAUGUCACUAGUUUAGAGACUGUUUUCUUGAGUCAGAUAUAAUCACAAACUCUAAACAAAAAAUAUUUGAUGUUAGAAUGACUUUUUUUUGCUUAAUUUUAGACUUAUUUUACUUUUAUUUUUUCGAGUAUUAAAGUUUAGGUAAAACUUCUGAGUGUUGCAGAUGACAAGCCUUUUAGACAGGGUAUUAGUUUAAAGACUUGAUAACACUUCUUUGGCAUGGUGUGUCACGACAAUGCUGACAGACAUUUUUUUCUUGUGUUAUACAAUAUUUUCCAUUAAUUUGUCAUGAAGGUUAAAUGUAUUCAGCUUAACUUAGACAUUUUAUAUUAUGACUUCUGAUAUCUCAUUUGAAGUUUGAUAUAAUACCUGUGUUUCUCUUAGUCUAGUCUAGUACACACAACCACAAUUAUGGUGAAGACAGCUGACUUGACAGAUGUCGAGGAUACAAUCAUUGACACCCUCCCCAAGGAGAAGACAAAGAGGGUUAUUGCUGGAAAGGCUGACUCUCCAUUGAGUGUUGUAUCAAAGCAUGGGGAAAGAGGUGGUAGGACAUCCUCAGGAAAGGGACUACAGCUGUCCGGACACUUCUGAACCACAAACAACAUCUGAAGAGUCUUACCUGUACUACUGAGAAAAAAGAGCUGAACUGUGGCUCAGUGGUUCAAAGUCAAUGGAAAAUAUUCGGAAAUCAAGCUGUGAAGAGUCUGGAGGAAGAUCAGAGCGACACAGAUUCCCAGAUGUUUCAAGUCCAGUGUGAAGUCUCCUCAGUCUGUGAUGAUUUGGGGUGCAAUGUCAUCUGUUGGUCCACUGUGUUUUAUCAAGUCCAAAGUCAACACAACCUAAAGUCUACCAAGAGAUUCUGCUGGCAAGCUUAAUGGAGAUACAGAUUUCCUUUUCCAGCAGCAUUUAGCACCUGCCCACAGUGUCGAAACUAUUCCCAAAUGCUUUACUGGCUGUGAUAUUUCUCAAACUGAUUGGCUGGCCAACUGGCCUGACCUUAUAUCCAAAGACAACCUGAGAUAUUUGUCAAGACCAAAAUAGGCAGACCAGUACACCGCUUUUGAUACAGGUGACCACAAUAUUCUUUUAGAUAGACUCUGUAUUUUUAUUGGCAUCUCUGGCACUGUUUUUAAAUGGUUUGAAUCCUAUCUUAGUGACAGACAAUUUUACAUGAACCCUGGGGAUCGCUCAUCUAAAUGUUUUGACAUGAAGUGUGGUGUUCCCCAAGGUUCCAUUUUAGGCCCUACUCUUUUUAAUCAUUAUAAGUUUCCUUUAGGGACUGUCAUCAGGAGGCACGCCAUCAAUUUCCACAGCUAUGCUGAUGACACACAACUUUAUGUCGUCGUGUCUCCUGAAGACAAAGGGCCACUCGAUGCCCUUUUUAACUGCAUUUUAGACAUUAAAUCAUGGAUGGCAGAGAACUUUUUACAGCUCAACCAGGACAAAACUCGGUUUUACAGAGGACAAGAGAGAGAAACUGGUCAGCAAACUCAAAGCAUUAUCCUAUAAUCCAUAUCAACGGGCUAAAAAUCUAGGUGUUUUAUUUGAUUCACAAGUGAGUUUUGAACCACACAUACGAGAUAUCACCAGAAGGUAUGUUAUCAUUUAUAAAACAUAGCCCAAGUGCGACAGUUUCUCUCUCAAGCCAAUGCAGUGACAUUAAUUCAUGAUUUUAUCACUUGUAGAAUAGACUAUUGUAAUGCCCUCCUUUCUGCUCUCCCCAAAAAGAACAUUCCACACCUGCAAUUAUUCCAAAAUUCAGCUGCACGGAUGCUAACAAGGACCAGAAAGAGAGAAAGAUCACGUUAUACAGAUUUUAAGGUCUCUGUAUUGGCUACCCUCCUCUUUUAGAAUAACUUUUAAGGUUCCUUUACUGGUUUUUAAAGCUCCUAAUGGCUUUGGCCCAACUUAUUUAUUUGAUCUGUUUUUACCUUAUAAGCCAGGUUGAGCCCUUAGGUCUUCAGGCAGUUCUCUGUCAACAAUACCUCAAGUUAAACCGAAGACAUAAAGUGAAGCAUCUUUUUAUCACUACAGCCCCCGUCUAUGGAACAGCAUACCUUAAGACCUGAGGACUGCACCUCAUCUUAAUGAUUUUGAAAGCAAACUCAAAACAUACCUUUUUAGUCUUGCUUUUAACUAAAUUUUAUAUCGUUAACUUUAAGUGUUUUAGCAUUUAUCCCUUCUAGUUUUAAUGACAGGAUCAUCUUUUGUUGAGCCAUUUUGGUGCUCUUAUUUAGUAUCUUUUACUGUUGUUUUUAUUUCAUUUUAUUCAUUAUUUCUCAAAUUUCAUUUUAUGUUACUUUGUUUUUUAGAUUUUAACCUAACUCCAGUGUUUCCUUAUCUUGAAUUUUAAAGCGGCAUUUCCUCAGUGCGCACAUUCCUGUUUAUAUGAAAUCGAGCUUUUUAAGUUCAUGCAUUUUAAUACAUUUCUUCUGUGCUUAGAUUGUGGGGUUGGAAUGAGGGGUUGGGUUGGGGUAGAUUAGGGUUUCCUUUGUUUCUUUCAUUCCUCUGCUGGGUAGAGCACUACAUCGAUUUUGUACGAAAAUUGUUAUACAAAUAAAGACUGAUUGAUUGAUACACUGACGCUGUAAUUCAUG